CUUUAAAUAAGACGCUUUGGUCUCCUUUCCCGCCUAGUGCUCAGUCAAUACGCAUGCGUUGUAGUGUAACGCCGCUCUCGCUUUAGAGCUAUACGUGACGCCGUGCGUCAUGACGUUCUGGAGGAGGCGUGCCUUGUUUAAAAAGUGGCGGCGGGUAAACCCGGGCUGACGGUUCUGGGAGAGAGGUGGUUGCAGAUACCGGACGAGGCAGACACAGAUCAGAGGACGCGGCGCAGGCUGGUACACCGAGCUCUCCUCGUCUUACCCGGGUUUUCCUCCAUUGCUGUUGACUGUGCACGGGCGGCUCGUCGUCAUGGAGCAGCUGAUGGCAAGCAGGCUGGUGAACGGACUGGUCAUUAAGAUCAUGCGGAGUAACGGGGUCGUUCACAGCGCGAACAUCACCUCAAUCGACUUGGACCGCUCGUCCGUCCACGUGGAAUGGAAAGAAGGCAGCGCGUGCAAAGGGAAGGAGAUUUCAUUCACAGAUGUGGUGACGGUGAACCCCGAAUUACUGGAAGCCGAUUACGACCCCCCUGGUGCGAAGGAGAACAUGCCCCCGCAGAAGAACGCGACCUUCCAGCCUCAGAGAAGAAAAACCAUCUCCAGGAUUCCUGCGCCCAAGGAAGUGUCUCUACAGAAUUGUGUGGCGGAGAGCGGAGCCCAGACAGCUCUGCGCGGACACUCCACAAUGGCCGCCAUUCCGGAGACUCUCCUGCCCAAUCAUGAGAUGGAGGUGGAGAUGACGGCACAGCCCCCUGCGCAGCUGGGCGCCAAUGCUGGUGUAAGGACUCGAUCCACCAAACUGAGCAGCGUCGGCGAGCGCCGCCUCCUACCACGAGUGACCGAGACCACCGAUGACGCCACCGCUUCUGCUGUGAAGAGCAGCCUAGUGAGAAGAAAAUCAAAUAUUGUGAAGGAAAUGGAAAAAAUGAAAAGCAAAAGAGAGGAAAAGCGAGUGCAGAACAGUGAGCGGAGGACUAAGCGAGUGCAGGAUUAUGACACCAGUGUGCCGAACUGGGAAUUUGGAAAAAUGAUCAAAGAAUUCAGAGCAACUCUAGAUUGUCAGAGGAUCAGCAUGAACGACAUGGCUGCAGAACAUCGCAUCUGUGUUUGCAUCAGAAAGCGACCUCUGAACAAGCAAGAACUGUCUAAGAAGGAGUUUGAUAUUAUUUCGGUGCCCAGUAAAAGUGUCGUCCUGGUGCACGAGCCGAAGCUGAAGGUGGAUCUCACAAAGUACCUGGAGAACCAGGCCUUCCGCUUUGAUUACACCUUUGAUGAGAGCGCUUGUAAUGACAUAGUGUACAGGUUCACAGCCAGACCUCUGGUCCAGUCCAUAUUCGAAGGAGGGAAAGCCACGUGUUUUGCUUAUGGCCAGACUGGGAGCGGUAAAACUCAUACAAUGGGAGGCGACUUCUUGGGGAAAAGUCAGAAUGUUACGACGGGCGUCUAUGCGUUCGCAUCCCGAGAUGUCUUCCUCCUCCUCUCCCAGCCACGGUACAAGGAUCUAGAUCUUGAUGUGUUUGUGACCUUCUUUGAGAUCUACAAUGGAAAGGUGUUCGACCUUCUGAAUAAGAAAGCGAAGCUGCGGGUGCUGGAAGAUGCGAAGCAGGAGGUGCAGGUAGUGGGUCUGGUGGAGAGGGAGGUCACCAGCGCAGAGGAUGUCUUUAAAAUGAUAGAAGUUGGCAGUGCCUGCAGAACAUCGGGGCAGACCUUUGCGAACAGCAGCUCUUCCCGCUCCCACGCCUGCCUCCAGUUCAUCCUGCGGAGGAGGGGACGGCUCCAUGGCAAGUUCUCUCUGGUGGAUCUGGCCGGUAAUGAGCGAGGGGCCGACACAGCCAGUGCCGACCGCACCACCCGCAUGGAAGGAGCCGAGAUCAACCGCAGUUUACUGGCCUUGAAGGAAUGUAUCCGAGCUUUGGGGCAGAAUAAAGCUCACACUCCUUUCCGAGAGAGUAAACUCACCCAGAUCCUGCGAGAUUCCUUUAUUGGGGAGAAUUCUCGGACAUGCAUGAUUGCAAUGCUUUCCCCGGGGUUUAACAGCUGCGAGUACUCCCUGAACACGCUACGCUAUGCAGACAGAGUGAAGGAGCUGAGUCCUCGAGGAGCAGAAAGUGCAGAAAAUCAGCCAAUGGAAACUGAGAAUGGGGACGAGUCCAGCCUGGGGGAGUCCGAGAGCCAGGAUGAUCUGUCACUGAAGGAUGAAGAACUUUCCUCCCACAUGAACAGCUUCCAGACCGCCAUGAGUCGUAUCGGGGAACUCGAGGACAAGAUGGUGGAGGAGCUACGGGACAUGGCACAGACUGCACCAGAAUGGUCCAACCUCUUGGAGAUGACAGAGCGGCCGGAUUACGACAUGGAGAAUUUUGUGACGCAAGCCGAGUAUUUCCUCCAGGAGCGCUCCAAGGUCUUCAUUGCUCUGAGCGAAAGCGUGUCGUCCCUGCGUUUGGCGAUGCAGAUGGAGGAGCAGGCCAGCAAGCAGAUCUGUAAAAAGAGGAAACCCCAAUAAAUGAGUGUGCCGCUGCGCUCGGACCCCUGUAACAUUCGCCCCCUGUGCGUCUUAUUUUAAUGUUUCUGUUGUCUGUUUAUAAUAAAGGAUGACUGUGUGUAGAUGAACGGAGCUGUGUGCGCUGCAGAUCCCCCCCCCCCCCUCGGGGGAGGGCGCAGGUCGGUCUCUGGGGGUCACCACUGUGUUGGGAUUAUGUUUAAUGUACAGUUUUAAUACUUUGUCUCCAGACAGAUCCCAGUUUAUUUUAUUAUUAAGCAAUAAAACAGCUUUG